CAAUCGUUUAAUUCAAAAUGGCGUCCAGUGGAGAAGAUGUGGAGUUUGAGUCACUUGAACCUAAUAUUAAAAAUAUUAUCGACCAAGAUUCAUUAAAAUGGAUAUUCGUUGGUGGUAAAGGAGGUGUUGGAAAAACUACUUGCAGUUGCAGUAUCGCAGUCCAGUUGUCCAAGGUCAGGGAGAGUGUCCUAAUAAUAUCAACAGAUCCUGCUCAUAAUAUAUCUGAUGCUUUUGAUCAAAAGUUUGGUAAAGUGCCUACCCUUAUCCAGGGACAUAACAACCUAUUUGCUAUGGAAAUUGACCCAAACUUGGGAUUUACAAAUUUACCAGACGAAUACUUCGAUAGCCCUGAUAUCAUGUCCAUGGGUAAGGCAAUGAUGAAUGACUUACUUGGAGCCUUCCCAGGCAUUGAUGAGGCAAUGAGUUUUGCUGAAGUAAUGAGACUCGUCAAAAGCAUGGAUUUCUCAGUCGUGGUGUUUGACACAGCACCAACAGGACACACACUAAGACUGUUGUCCUUUCCAUCAAUCAUUGAAAAAUCUCUUGGAAAAAUAUUAUCCCUCAAGAACAGUAUUGGACCAUUUGUCUCACAGUUUGGAGCAUUACUUGGGGUUCAAGAUAUGAAUGCUGAUCAGAUGACUAGUAAAUUAGAAGAAACUUUACCCCUAAUACGACAAGUCAGCAUGCAGUUUAAAAACCCAGACCACACUACCUUUGUUUGCGUUUGUAUUGCGGAGUUCUUAUCUUUAUAUGAAACAGAGCGGCUAGUACAAGAACUAACCAAGGCAGAAAUUGACACACAYAAUAUUAUUGUCAAUCAACUGGUUUACCCCGAUAAAAAUCAAGAAUGCAAACUAUGUUUGUCAAGGCACAGAAUACAAAAGAAGUACCUUGAUCAGAUUCAGGAUCUUUAUGAAGACUUCAACAUCACCUGUCUACCACUACUAACAGAGGAAGUCCGUGGAGGAGAAAAAAUCCAUGUGUUUUCAAAAUUAUUAGUUUCAUCCUUAUCAGAGAAAGCACAAACUUAAAAAAGCAAUAUACAGUAUGAGAAGCAAGAUAAUAAAUGACAGCUACAUUUACUAAUCAAAAGGGCAGCCCUUAGAUGAGUUUCUAAGCAUCAUCUUCAAAAUAUGAAUUUAAAGUUUUCAGUUGAACUUCUAUUUGGAGCUCAUCCCCAGUUUAAUAUGCCCUGCAUGCCAAACGUCUCUCCCUAAAACCCAUUUUUUUAUACCUCGUAGAAGAGAAAUGCAUUUACUCAUAAACAUGCAAACUCUUUGUCUGCCAGCUGAAAUUUGAUUUUUCGCUGCUGUCAAUCAAACCUAAUCAGUCAUAUUUUUUUGACUGGCAGCAGCGAAAAACCGAAUUUCAGUGUGCAACUCCCAGACACAGAGUUUGCAUGUCUAUGAAAAUUGCAGUAACAUGAAAGAUUGAGAAACAUAGUGUUAUUAAAUUUCAAGGGGGAUGAUUAGAUUAAAUUGCUGUAAAAAA